UAAAAAAGAAAGACGAUAAAUUCUCUCACUUCUCUCUAGCCUUCACAAAUGUUCCGAUUAAUUCAAUAUUGAUUUCAUUUCUUUGUUUUAUUGAUUUGAAUAUUGAUUUUAGAAAGCAUGGAGGCUACUGAAGUUGAAUUGAUUCAUUCUUUGAUCUCGAUUUUGAUUCAAUAGUAGUUCAGUUUCUGUAAUAUCCAAAAGGUGAGUUAUCUUUCGUGUAUUUCUAUUCAUAGUUCUUCGAUCUUCUUCAAAAUCGUUGCUGAUUUGAUAUACAAAUUCAACGGCAGUUAUGUUGCGUAGUAGAUUUAGAGCUCUGACUAGGAAUCAUCAAGCUGCUGUGGCAGAUCAUGGCACAGUUCAAUCGCCAUUUCAGAAUCAAUCAAUGCCUAUUUUGUUCUUAGGAAGUUCACCUAGGGCAUUCAAUGGAUUUCUAUCUAAAUUCUUCGUUCAUUUUGAAUCUAAAAUUACUUAUCCAGUUUUUUACUCUAACCUAUUUCAACCUUCUACUGGAAACAAUCCAUUUGAUUAUGCUAGAAUUCUCUACUCUGAUCAAACUCCAAAGUUUUCUCCAAUCAAUGAACAGAAACACUCUUGGGAAGAAGAAUCAGAUCUGAAAGGCAUUUGCCUUGCACUAAUUGAUGAGAAGAAGAAUGAAUCGGUCCUGUUUGGAUCAAAGCUUAAGGUUCAAUCCAUUUCGAUUCAAUCUGUUAGAGAGAUGGAGUUAUCAGAGGACUAUACGUGUGUGAUUUCUCAUGGACCUAAUCCGAAAACUACUCAUAUUUUUGAUAACUGUAUUGUUGAGUGUGACUGUAAUGGUGUGCCUUUUGGUGGUGGUGGUGGUGUUUCUAAAUCGAACAAGAAAAUGAAGAUGAAAUCAACUUCUUCAUCUUCAUCUUCUUCAUCAGAUGGAUUUCUUAGAUUCUGUUAUGCUUGCAAGAAAGAUCUUGGGCAUGGAAAAGAUAUUUACAUAUAUGGGGGUGAGAAAUCAUUUUGCAGCCGUGAAUGCCGUUGGGAAGAAAUGCUUUUUGAUGGAUUAGAUAUUACAGAUUUGGAAUGAAUCAAAAAUUCAUCUUUCUUCUUCUUUCAGGUUAUUUUCUUGUUGUUAUCCUCUAUUCUCUCUCUUACAUCAUUUCUGGAUGGUUUAUUAUGUAUUUUAGCAUGUAAGCAACUGUUUGAUUUAUUCCAUUUCAAAUAAAAAUGUUUUUUUCCCUUUUA